UAUACUUGUCGUCAAAACUAGUGGAAUCGAAGCUAUCACUGAACUACUUCAAGAUUGAUGGGAAAAUAAUCGAAUAGGCAUAUGAAGAAAAGAGAUAUAUUCCAAUUUAGAUUUUGUUUAUAGUAUAAUAAAUUAAUUUAAUGUCAAUUUAUAAUCAAGUAAUGAAUUGUGAUAUAGUGACAAAACACGUUGUACUAGGUGUCGUGUUCCAUCCUUAACAUAAACAUAUAUGGAGUAUUUUUGUUCCUCCCAAAAUUUACCCCUGUCCCGGGACAAUGCCAAACUAGGUUGGCUCCGCCUAUGGUUAGUGGUAAGGUAUUUUGUUAAAAUUGUCGUUAAAUCGUGGUCCAUUCCUAUUGCUAAAAUUGCCAAUCAAUUUAGGUCUGGUAUCCAGUAUUUUCGGUCCGAUUGACCAUUACGGUUUUUAAAAUUAUGAGAAUAUAUUUGGAAUCAAAUAGGCAAUAAGUUCAUCGUUAAAUAAUGUAUGAUAGGAUAUAUUGAAAGAAAUUUGUUGACCACUAUAAACACUGAUGAGUGUGUUUCACAGUUUUUUCAAAAUAUAAAAACACUUCAUGUAAUUUUAUAUAGUUGGAUUUUAUCUUAUUGAAGAUUUUUUUUAUCAGCCUUUUGAUUAAAUCUUGAAAAAUAACACAUUUAAAUAAAAUUCUGGGUCCUGUUGACAAAAAUCUUUACAUAUAGACGAACUACCAUAGACUUGACGUGUACAUCUUGCACAGGUAUAUUGAUUUCACCUGAGUUUUCUCCACUUGAAACUCCUAGCUAUAGCUUGCAGUUUUGAGAAAACAAUGCUAGCUAGCUAGCAAGUUGAAAUUUAUUAUCUUCCAAUUCAGAAGUUCAAAUCACGAAGUCAAACGAUAGAAUGCUGAAGGCGCUCAGUUUCCCUCGUGCAACGCCUGGUUAUUAUGACAGUAGUAGUAGUAAUGAAACCCUAGUAGUAGCAACCUACGAUCCCAACCUUGACAACGUUGCCGUUGCUACUUCAUCAUCAUCGUCGUCAUUGGUUGGUUCGGUCACAAUAUGCAAUGGACCGUCUUCAUCGACUGCGGUCUCGACCAACAUUGUUCCCGGCGAAUGUCUACUGGUAAUAUACUAAUAUAACUUACAUACCACGUCGUGUUGAUAAAUAAAGCCAUGCGUUGAUAAAUAAAGCCAUGCAUGUAAUCAGUGGCGGAGCCAGGUUGUAAAACUAGGUGUGUCCUUUUAUUAAAAUAUAAAUAUGUAUAUAAAUGAUUAUUUAAUAAUUAAAAUUAAAAUUGAAUGGAAACUAGCGGAUUAGAAAAGAGAGAGCCGCCCUCUAGCAGAGGCUUCUGCUUAGACUUCAUAAUUCUUGGACAAAAUUGAAUAGGAAAAUUGAGAAAAAAGAAUCAAAUAGAGAUUUAUUUCAAUGGCAGAUUUCAUUUAUAGCGUAUAAAUUAAUUUUAUAUCAAUCAAAUAACAAAACUUGAGCUUCCUUGUAAUGGUAAAAUACUUUUUAUACUAUAUCGGUAUGACGAAUUUGAAUAUUUUAUUCCUUACAUAAAUAUAUAUGGGAAUGUAUUAAUUUUUUAUCAAAAUUUACAUGUGUCCUGGGACACAUCCCAAACCAUCUCCCUCCGCCUACGGGGUCGUUUGGAAGUUGCGAUUAUUAAAUAGAUGUAUUGUUGAGAAUGGAUGUAUAAUAUUAUACAUGUAUUGUCGAAUUUGAUGCAUUGUAGAACACAACGUUUGGUAUGUGUGAUUGUGUAUGUCGCAUAAGCUAAAAGCUGAGACAAAACAAUCUCAACUCAACUAUCUCAACAAUCACAACUAAAAGUUGAGAUAUAACAAUAUCUCAAAAUGAGUGAUAGUUUUUGUCACAUCACAGAAACAAUCCAAUGUAUUGUUUCUGCUAAAAAACAAAAAAAAACGAUGCAUUGUAAACAAUACAUGCAUAAUGACAAUCUCAACAAAACAAUCACAACUUCCAAAAGACCCUAAUGUACGUACGUAACUCCUUACUAUUUUGAUUCUUCCUUGUGGCUGUACGUAGGUAAGCAAUCCCAAAAAUGGAAAGCAAGCGAUGGUGAGAAUCAUAAACCUCAAUUUCUUCAAUAAUUUAUAAUUUAACUACAUUUUAUCAUAUUAUGGUUUCUUUCUUGGUCUUUCAAUGAAAAGAACGAAUAUUUUUAAUGUUUUUCACAUAAAUUACAUAUCCAUUGGGUCGACCUGCCCCGACCCUCGCCCCGUGAUAAAUUACCCGACCUGCCAUGGGGCGGGUAUGGGUAUCAAGAUACACGCCCCGGACAUGCCCCAUUUCCAUUCCUAUGGACAAUGUUAUUAGUGUCCUCAUUGUACUAACAAUUGUUACCGCUAAACUGUGUGUGACUUCAGGUGAUGGCGGCGACGACAUGUAGUCUGUCAACAUCCAAAACAAGAGGAAUUUUACUAUGCUAUAUAGCAUUGGUAUUAAAGUUGUAAAGUUGUACCAUAACAUAAUGGUACAAAUUCCUUUAUGAUACAAUUUGAACUUAUACAUUUAACCUUAUGGUACAACUUUAAAUUGUACAUUAAAGCACCCAUACUUUAAAGCAUAGUAGAAUUGCCUCCAAAACAAAAUGAGCAGCCAUCAGGCGAAUACGCUGUUGGUACAUUGUCGAUCAAAGGAUGACGAUCUGGGAAUUCAUUAUCUCAAAUUCAAAAUACCACUUACAAGUGGGGUUUCACCCCAAUUCCACGGGCGACGCUCUUCUGGUGCUAUUUGGCCCCGUCCGGCGGUGCUCGCCAUGCUGCUUUUGAAGCUUAUAACCAUGGAAUGGGUGAUCAAGGGAUGGAUUUUCCUACUGUUUGGAUAGUUAGAGAAGAUGGAGUUUAUCGAAGGCGUCUUUAUCUAAGUGCACGAUUCCGUGAUGUUUUGGUUCACCGUUGGCAAUCAGGAAGGGUGAUGGAUAAUGGAUUUUAUGCUACCACAAUUUGAAAUUAAACCUGUUAUGAUCCUACAAAUUUGAAGAGGGAGAUCAUAUAAAGAGGAUAGAAAGAUUAAUAAGCGUUGUUUCUAAAA